AUGAAAAGUCUUGUUCGUACAAUAACUAACGAAGCAAAAAAUCUCAUACAUGCAGAGACGUGUUCGUUGUUUUUAUUGGAUAAUGAGCACAAGGAGCUGGUUGCGAACGUGUUCGAUAAUGCCGGCGAUUUGUCGGAAAUUAGACUUCCAAUGACAAAAGGUGUUGUUGGACGAGUGGCAACAACAAGAUCAAUGAUGAAUGUUCGGGAUGUUAAA